AUGGUGCUCAGCGUUUGGAGAGUGUACAAGAAGGGCGUGGGUUCACAACUCACAUGCAGAGAAAUCUCAAGAGGAUCCAUGCACAGUGUGCGAUGUGUCCUGAUGCGGUCUCCUUUUGAUGAUAGCCCAGCCACGUUCAUGUGCGACUCUUCGUCCGUCAUGGUUGUCCUCCCCCUUGAGAACAUUGGUGUGCGACUGGACACGGAGGAGAUGAAAGUGAAGCGUGGGAUCGAUGGCAUAAAGAUCCAUCUCUGCAAGGAGUCCAUGCAAGCUUUGGAUUUUCUCAUCGAAGAGAAAAAGAAAGAAGCCAAAGCUGCACCAAAGAAGAAGGCUCACGUCCCGAAGAAAUACAUCGAGCCUUUGAUGGAAAAUUUCAGACGGACUAAAAAGGGGGACCGUCUGGUGCAGCAAGAAGUUCGGCUCCUGCUGGAAUUGCAGAAUAAGCACUUCCCUGCCAAGCCAAUGUUGUCCCCAGAUGGUGGCACCGUGCGUUAUACAGUGGAGAAGGUGGCUCAUUCUGUGCCCAUGCAGGACCUUAGCGCAAAGAUCGGCAGCUUCUUUUCCAGCUUUUUCCAGGAGAUACGAAACAAACAGUCGUACGGUGUGAAGGUGCAAAGUUGGUUGCAAGAAGCACGGCGUGGCAUGCUGGACGACGCUAGCUGCAGUGCCUUGAAUUCUUUAAUUGCGCAGGUGGCGCAGUUCAUCAGUGUCAGUGGACAGGUCUGUCAUGAAGAUGAUAGCAAUGGGGAAGCUGCUGAUUCUGACUGA